GCACGUUGCAAUCAAUUAUACAAUCCGGAGGCUCUCCAUCAUGUCUGUGUUCUUUGACUCCCCGAUAAGUGAGGAUCUUGUUGCCGAAGGGGAAGCAGAGUUACUAUUGAGCAAUAUCGGAAUUGACCACGGCAUCGCAUCGGAGGAGUCAAGUGAAUACCGGCAACUUUUAGCAGCCGUGCACGAUGUUGCUGAACACAUUCUCGAGCUUCCAGACUAUGUCAUCAGACCAGAUACCAAGACAUACCCUCGUGAGCAGCUGUAUCGUCCUUCCGAAGAUGAGCAAGAUUAUGGUAAUGCCUGGGCGCAUAAGUUUUUGAUCAGAGGAAAUCCCAAUGGUGGUGUCUUGAGUGGAAAGACUGUUUGCCUGAAAGAUAAUAUUGCAGUUGCUGGAGUACCUCAGUUCUUCGGCACAGAUGCAAUUCCAGCAUGGACACCCGAAGCUGACGCCACGGUAGUCAGGAGGGCGUACGAAGCUGGUGCAGACGUCGUCGGAACUACAAUCUGCGAAAACUUCUGCAACUCUACGUCUUCUUUUACGAGCGCUCAAGGGACGGUCCACAACCCUUACGCUCAAGGUUACUCGGCUGGCGGUAGUACUUCUGGCGGGUCAGCUGUUGUUGGAGGCGGCUUGGUCGACAUUGCUAUUGGAGCCGAUCAAGGAGGCAGCAUUAGGGUACCUUCGUCUUUCUGUGGAUGUGUUGGUCUGAAACCUACACAUGGCCUGGUUCCAUAUACCGGCAUUUCCAGGAUGAAAAUUGGAGUCUUGACAGAAGGUUUCAAACAUCGCCUAGUUGACACCAAUGUCAAGGCCAUAGUACUUGAUGCUGUUAAAGGUUUUGAACAGCUAGGUGCAACUGUUCAAGAAGUAUCAUUGCCUUUGCAUCUGGAAGGACCAGCAGUCUGGACGAUUCAGCAACGCAUUGCGGGUACACUUGGGAUGAUGGGUUACGCACAUGGGAGACGAGGACUCUUUUCAACGAAAUACGAAGCAGCACGUCAGCCAUGGACGAACGACACCUUCCAAAGGCUUUUCCCUUCGACGAAGAACACCAUGAUUAACGGGCUUUCUCUGAUGCAGAACUAUCCUGGGCUCUACGUCAAAACUAUGAAUAUCGCGCAGCAAAUGAGAGAUGCGUACGAGAAACUAUUCGAAGACUACGAUCUAAUCGUAAUGCCGACGACGCCAUUCGUUGCUCCUGCGAACGUCGACUGGAAGCGAGGGGACUCACCAAUGGAGGCUCUCAAGCCAAGCAUGGGUAUUACGACAAACACAGCUAUUUUCGAUGUUACGGGGCACCCAGCAUUAUCUCUUCCUGUCGGCUUCGCACCUGCAAAGGAGGACACCAGUGUGCUACUUCCCGUUGGAAUGCAGCUCGUCGGUGGAUUAUGGCAGGAGCAGAAGAUCUUGGACGCAGGUCUUGCAUGGGAGUCAGCAAUUGACUGGAAGAGUGUCGGGAGGAACGAUGCCAGUAGUGUGUUAGUACCGCCGAAGCUAUGA